CAAAUGCAAAUUUUUGUUUUUGAAAAGAUUUACUGUGGCAAAUAAUUGCUGAACAAAUAAACUAAGCCACCCGCUGUGACAUUUCCAUAGUUUUGUAACAUUCAUUUUUACUAAACAAAAAACAACGUAUUUUAAUCUUGAAAACCAAUGCAUGACACAAAAACCUUCUUCACUUAUAAUUAUGCAUAUACCUUGUUGUGUAUUUUUAUGCCAUUUACUUCCUCACACUUUAUUUUUUUUCCAGUAUAAAUAAUGAGAAAUUAAGGCAUGAGAUACAUUUUUAAUUUUAUUUUCAUUCCACUAAAUGGUUUAUUGUAGCCAUAUUUUAGACUUGCUUUGUGUCAAAAUAAAAUUAUUAAUAUACUUUGACUUAUUUAAAAUCAAAAUUGUCUUUAAAAUCUAGUUAAGUUUGAGUACUGGUUUUAAAUAUAUAACAAUAUUAUAGAGAGAAAAUUAAAUUUAACACGCAUAAUGGCAAGCAGACCUUCAUUCAAGUUUCCAAUCUAUUUCUUACCAGAUAUUUUCCACAGAGUUCUUCCAUUCCAUAUGGCGAAAGGUAAUAAUGCUAUUAUUAAAUAUUACCUAACUGAUACAAAAAAAUUAAUUCGUUUGUGCCUUAUUAUAACAGGGUUUUUUAUGGACUCAUACUAACUGGUUUGGAAAGCCAUUAUUUAAAUAGUGUGACAAAACUGAAUUCCAUUCAAUUUUGAACUAUCCUGAAAUACAAAAGUAAGUUCCAAAGCAAAUGUGUUGUUAUAUUUUAGAUGGGAUGUAGUCAGAUAAUAAAUGAUUUUGUAAUGUAGAAUGCAAGUAAGCAAAAAGCUGUACUUUUGAUUUUUAGUUUUGUAUUGCAACAUCAAACUGGUCAGUGUUUGUUGAAUAUUACACUAAUUUGGCAGACGUUUAUAACUUUAAGUUUAAUUUGUAAUACAAUAAAAGGAUAUCUUUCGUGUUAUUUUUAAAUAUGAUGCAAUGACAGCUAAAAAAAAGGAGCGUGAAAUAAACUUUAAUGGCUGACUGCAUGCGAGCAAUGAGGGGCAUUGUUAAUAAUUGUGAUUGUGUUAUUGAAAUACGAGAUGCUAGAGUUCCAUUUUCCAGCACCAAUCCACAAUUUGAGGAUUUGUAUGCAAAUAAACCCAGAAUAAUACUAAUGAACAAAAUAGAUAUUGCUGAUGAAAAGAAGACAAAGGAAAUCUCAAAUAAAAUAUUGAAGGAUGAUGAUGCUGAUGCAGUAUUGUUUAGUAACUGCAACGCUCGAUUUAAUCAUGCUAUUAAAGAGGUUAUGCCAGUGUUAAAGCAGAUUUUUACAGUACAAAAUAGAGUCAAAUCUGAACAGUGUGAGACACCUGUGAAAGCAUUGCAUGAACGACAGUAUAAAGUAAUUGUUUGUGGAAUUCCUAAUGUUGGAAAGUCAUCAUUUAUAAACUCUGCAAGACGCCAUUUUAUGUCAAAAGGAGGAAAAGCUACUCCCGUUGGUAAAAAGCCUGGUGUAACACGGUCUGUCAUGCAAUCCAUAAAAAUGUCUCAAUCUCCAAGAAUUUUAUUGCUCGACACUCCAGGUAUAUCAUAUCCGGAAGUACAAGACAGUAUGACCGGAAUCAAGUUGGCAUUAACCGGAACAUUUCCCGAUCACGUGAUUGGAGAAGAGGUAAUUGCUGACUACUUGCUUUAUACGCUCAACAAACAAAAGAACACCAGAUAUCUAAAGAUGUGUGCGCUAAAAGAACCGUGCGACGAUUUUGAUAAAGUGAUAUACUCACUAGCUGAACAGAGAGAUCUCAUAAGGGAUUCUCGACCAGAUUACCGACGUUGUUCGAUAUUGUUAAUACAAGCUUUCAGAAAUGGAAGGUUUGGUCGUAUUACUCUCGACGAAACGUGAAACCUCGCACUUACGAUAGAUUGUGCUACGCUCAAUAAAACGUGAAACGUCGCUGUUACGGUUGAUCGAGUUGUGUUACUCUCGACGAAACGUGAAACCUCGCACCUCAAUAAAACGUGAAACGUCGCUGUUACGGUUGAUCGAGUUGUGUUACUCUCGAUGAAACGUGAAACCUCACUGUUACCAUUUAUCGUGUCACACUCAACAAAAAGUAAAACGUCACUGUUACGAUAGAUUGUGUUACGCUCAAUAAAAUAUGAAGCGCCAAAAUUACGAUUCAUCGUGUCACACUGAACAAAACGUGAAACGUCACUGUUACGAUAAAUCCUGUUACGCUCAACGAAAAGUGAAACGUUACUGUUACGAUUGGUUGUGUUACUCUGUACGAUUCGUAAAACUUUAUCUUAUAAUACAUGUAAUCAUGGUUCGAA